CGCCGCCGUUUGUUUGCUUCACUUCUUGGCUUGUUUGCUUGCUUGCCAACCUCGCGCACCUCCCUGUUCUUUCUGCAUCAGCUUCCUGCUGUUUGUUGUUGUCGCCAUCGCUUGCGUCGUUCUUCCCAGCUGCUUUGCACAGCUGCGCAGCUACAACACAGCAGUACAGUCAUGUGGUUGUAUUGUUGGCCCCACGCCGUGUUCCAUACCGUACGACUCUUCCCGCGCUAUGAUCGCAAAGCCAUCAUCGUGUUCUUGAUGCUCUUGACAGUGGGCCUCGUGUUUGUGCCACUUUGGAUCAUCACAAGGCCUUCAAGCACCAACUACUGCGAAGUAGACCUGUUUUCAGCCUGUGUCUUGACUGCCGUUUUCAGCUUCAUCUCCGCAGGGUUUGCGCUAUGCCUGGCUGCGCGAGACCCUGUGCCCAAUCUGAUCCGCACCAUCUUCCACAUUUUCGGGGCCGCAAAUGCGCUCUUAACGCUGGCCUCUCUUGCUCUCUUGCGAGGCGCCACCUCCUGUGAUCAAACCACCCCGGAGCUCUACCUCUUUAUGCAAAUUACCACCAUCAUUGGCAUGGUUCUCCUCGUCCUAACCGUCAUUCUGGCCCUCUUCUGGAUCUACGAAGAGCGCCAUCCUGGGACUGUGUUGGACAUGCGCCGGCAAACGGGCUUCUGUCAUGAGGCAUACACUACAUGCCCUUGCGUGUGGCACGUGUGAUUGCGCGUGCCGUCUGCUUUGCAUGUGACCUGUGUCCUUCUCGUGGGGGCCUGUAUAUAGUCUCGCUGUGUAACUGUGAUUGACAUUAUAUUGUUCGACCGCUGUUUGUGUUCGAAGGCUGUUUGUGUAUUUCACUGCAGUUUGUGCAUCCCUGCUGCUCGUGUAUCGCUUGUUGUCGCUUGCCACCCUUUAUCGUUGUUGUUUGACAUAUUCGUCUGUCUGCGCUGGCUCGCACACAUGACGCAUGGAACGAACGCAUGCCUCCUA